AUGGCGUCUGCUUCAGGUGUCUCGAUCGAUCAAGACUGCAUCAUAGCAGCCAACGCACUCCGCUUCUCCAAAGGUCCUGAUAAAAUUAAAUUCAUCAUUUUCAAAAUCACCGACGACGAACAAAACGUCGUGGUUGAAGAAACCAGUUCCGAGACAGAGUACGAAGUCUUUCGUCAGAAACUCCUCUCGGGUGUUGACAAUACUGGAAACCCUGCACCACGAUACGCAAUUUAUGAUGUGGACUACGAUCUUGGGGAAGAUGGAAAGCGGCAAGUUUAUGCUUUUGUUUCAACACUUCGUAUGCUUUACGCCAGUACCAUGGAGUAUUUGAAAAAGGCCGUCAAUGCCGGUGUUUUUACCCAUGCUGGUGAUCAAGAAGACAUUGAAUGGGAGGAAUUGGUCAAGACUGCAAGUGGUGGCAAGGCCAACCUGCCCUCUACUGGAGAAACUGCACAUAGCCACCUACAAAGUACCUUGGUAAAGAUGCCUCGUACACUAUUGCUCUGUUUUAUCCACGGUUUCAAGGGUACCGACAAUACCUUUCAAGAAUUCCCAUAUGAUCUCAAAAAGGCAGUCGGCAAAGAGCUACCAGACUGUAAAGUCCAGUCAGUCAUCUAUCCCAAAUAUGAGACAUCUGGCGAACUCGCUCAGGCCUCGGAGGGCUUUCUCGGAUGGCUCAAGGAACGAGUCAUGGACAUUCGAAAGGAAAAGUCCGAAAAGCCAUGGCCUCCUCAUGACAGAGACGUCGGUGUAGUCCUCGUUGCCCACAGCAUGGGAGGCUUUGUCGCAGCAGACUCUCUUUUCCUAGCUAUAAACGAAAGAGCCAACGACGGAGACGAAAACGACCCUCUAUUCCCCCUCAUCCAAGGCAUUCUAACAUUUGAUACCCCCUACAACGGCCUUGCUCGCUCCAUGUUCGUCUACGGUGCUUUUUCAAACUAUCAAAAAGUCAACAGUGUCUUCAACGUCAUGACAGCUAUAUCCGCCGCCGCACCUGCCAGUCUUGCUCGUCUAAGUGCUCGGCGAGCUGCUACUACCGCCGUCACAACCAGUACACGAGGACCCCAAUGGAAGACAUGGCAGCUAGUAGCCGUCAAGACAGGCACAGUCGGCGCCAUCGCAGCCGGUGGUGUGGCGGCUUACAUGAAUCGAGAGCUCAUCAUGCAAGGAAUGAAGAGCGUCAAGAACAUCAACAAAGAGUCGGUCGCUGAGGGAUACCGCCAAAGCAUGGACGCCUUCGGUCAAGGUUUAGCCUACAUUAACCGCGGAAAUGUAGGAAGGUCGUUUUCGUGGCUGUCGGAUCACGUCACCUUCGUCGGUGCACUACUUAGACAAAAGGAGCUCAAUCGUCGACUGGAACGCAUUGGAUCACUCAAGGGCAUUGGUAUGCAUGACUUUUACUGCUCUCUUGGUGAGAAUGGUUACUGGAGUGGUGGCUACUUUGUCCCUGAGCGAACAUUCUGUGCUAUCCCGGAAGAGAAUCACUCGGCGUAUCCUAUCUUUGAGAGAUGCGUCAUGCUCAAAGCCGACGAUGAGGUAGAGGCUCACAUGAACAUGUUCAGACCCGAGAAGCACCGCGGAUACGAAGAGAUGACGGAAAGGUCAGCCGAGCUUGUCAAGAAGUGGUUCAUGAGUGAGGACAACGUUGUUGAUGACCCCAAGUUCCGUGAAACUCCUCCCGAGGAGACGGAAGAGACUGAAAAGGCAAAGGAGAUUCUCGAGCAGGAUCCAGGUGCAGAAGAGAACGAAAAGGCUGAGGGUGCCGACAAGGACAAAGACGAGUUCCCAGACGAGUCGCCCCUCGAUAUCGCCAAUGCUGCGUCGCUUGUGCCACUUCCGGACGAUACAGGAGACCAGAUCAUCGGUGAUGCAAAUAUCGAGGGCGCCGAUACCGUCGAGAAGCGAAACUACCUCAACUAUCUCUUCGGUGUGGCUCAAUCGGCAGGUACAGAUGCCAAGGGUUGGCUGCCAAACAAGAUCCCCCAGAUGCCAAACCUGCCCAGCAUGCCGAAUAUGCCGAAUAUGCCGAACAUGCCAAAUAUGCCCAAGGUUCCCAGCUCUGUAUCGUCGUUGGGCAAUGUAUCCAUGCCUAGCAUGAGGAUCUGGGGUAAGAAGGAUGGGGAUGCACAAGGAGAGGGUGAGAAGCAGGACAAGGAUACCCCCGAAGAAAAGAAGGAUCAUGUGGCAGAAGCUGAAGCAAAGGAUGAACCGAAGGAAACGACUGAUGAUAAUGCUGAGGUUUCCCAAAAGGUUGAGGUAGAAGGUGAAAAGAAAUCAGCUGAGCUGAGCCAACAUGAGAGGCGGGCCUAUCAGUCAUCGCACUUCCCCGCACUACCUUCUUUCUCAUUCUGCCUCACCAGUAAGCACGUCACGCUCAAGCCAGAAGAACGAUUCGUCGCUCUGGAGGGCAGUAUCUACCCAGGCGGCCCAAGCACUUGGUACAUAAUGGAUUGGGAUCAGCGUCGCCUUGUUUCAGUCACUAUGGACGAGGAACUUGAAUCAGCAGAUCCGGCAGUCGAGCACCUCUCGAAGCAUAUAGACGACCUGGAACUGGAUGUUUUUGAAAUCCAUGUUUCAUCUCAGGGCGACUUGAUAUCAACAUCUACAGACCCAGAAGAUGACAACACCUUUUGUCCGUUCUACGCCCCUCUUGAGGCAAUCGAAAAGCCAGAGGAUAUUCAAGUUGUCCCGAGGUCAAAAUUACAGGAGCUUGAUAGACUGGGGCCUCUAGUAGACCUUGUCACGGAUCUGCAAACCUCUAAAUCCAGCGAAAAGCUAGUAUUCAAGUAUUACUUUGUUUAUCAACGCAUGUCUCGUGUAUGGAAUGAGAUGAAUCUGUGGAUGCGUCUACCCAAACAUCCAAAUAUCGUGUCCUUCGACAAGAUAGUCAUAGAUGAGCUGGAAGGUCGUUGCGUCGGGUUCACAAUCAAGUAUAUCGCAGGAGGAACUCUCGAUGAGAACAGAUCUCGAGUCUUCAAGCUCAAGUGGCUCCUUCAACUGAUUGCUAUUAUCGACGAGCUAAACUUGAACCUCGGAAUUGCUCAUCAAGACGUCGCACUUCGGAACCUGCUUAUAGACGACCCUACUGAUUUCCUGAUGAUUUUUGACUUUAAUUUCUCAGCUCGCAUUGGAGAUCUGGGAUAUAGUCAGGCUCGAAAUGAUGUUGAUGGAGUUUUAUUUACGGUAUAUGAACUCAUCACUGGUGACUACGAGCUACGUUCCGUGGAACAUGAACAACAAAAGCUUGAUCACCCGGUUGCAGAAUUCCGCAAAGUUCUCGAUCAAUGGUCUUCAGAGCGGCGGAAGGACUCCAACCGGAUCAAUACUUUCAAAGACGCCCCGAACUACAUCGAGUGGCCAACUAUGCCCCAGCCACCACCCUCUGAGGUUGUGAUUAACUACACAACAGGCCCGGUGAAGGAACCCAAGGUUCUGUGGACUAACUGGAAAUAUGAAGCUUAG